GCAAAGUUAACAUAUACAUCUACUGAUCUAGAUAUUAAUAAUGGUUGAUGCUGGGCCGGGUAGAAGAUGGAUAGAUGGAGGAUAUGUAAACCAGAACCUAGCUGUGGUAGGAGAGGAUGUUGUGGCAAUUUCUACCACACAGAUGAUAAAGUUUAUCUUCACAACAUCCGGCAAACAGAGAUUAUAUAAUCCUGGAGGAGAGAGUGACGGGAUCGGAGUAAUGUCAGGACGAGACGAGGAUGGAUUACUGGCCUGGACAGAACUAAGAAUAAAUCCAAGGGUGUUCGUGUACCAGUAUACCAACCCAGGAGACCUGAAAGUGUUCCAAGGAGAAGCGGUCAUGGAAUACAAAUCUUUAGGAAUACCAUUACACCAGCCUUUAUAUCCGUUUAUACCCAUGCAAUCUUAUCUAGGAGGGCCUGACUAA